AUGUCACCUUUAGAUCGUUUCCGAAAACUUGUCAAGAAUGUACGUGUUAUGGUCCGUUUCUGUGCUUGCGAUAUGUUCGACGAAAGUUAUACUAUGUUUAAUCCAUUAUUUAUGGUUUUACUAGUGUGUUUAGCAGUAUACACCGUAUGCUUCAUAAACACCAUACACGAUGGCUUCAUAAUCAACAAUGAUUGGACCAUCAUUUUGCAGUGCCUUGCCAUAGGAUCAAUGGCUGUCCAGGCUAUAUCCAAAUACGCAUGUUAUUAUAGUCAUCGCACAACUCUAAGAAAAAUGGUUAAGCAUUUAGAUAAUAUAUAUGAAGAAUAUCAGAACAGAGGCACGCGAUACGAAUUUGCUUUGAAAAAAAGUUUGCAAAAAAUAGUGAAAUGUUUGAAGAUUGCCGGAGUAAUAUAUUUCACAUCGGUAGCCGGUUUAAUCGUUAUACCAAUUAUUUAUAUGCUAAUAACAGGCAAACGGGAGCUUAACUUAACCGCGUUGAUACCGGGAAUCGAUCCAAAGGAAACGUAUGGUUAUUUCAUCCACACUUGUUUUCACUCUUCUAUCAUACUAUUUUCUGGUGUGGGCUUCUACGCUUCUGACAUGAUCAUGUUUUCGAUGUUGCUUCAUGUGCUUUUGCAUCGAGAUAUAAUGGUCGUGAAAUUCCAUGACUUGAAUGAGGCCACAGGGGAACAAGUUAAACCAGCUAAGAGAAGUAGGGGCUUGUUAAAUGAUGCAAUUGCUUGGCAUCAGAAUUACAAUUUGUUCAUGGAAUACAUUGAAGAACUUUUUUCUGGCAUUAUAUUUAUACACAUCACUACAAGCUGUGUGUCCAUUUGCUCUAGUCUAUUUUGCAUAGUGCUUAAGGUCUGGCCGUUUGCGCCACUUUUGUUGAUUUCAAAUACUUCAAUGUACGCUUAUUGCGGGUUUGGUCAACUAUUAGCAACAGCGAACGAGGAGGUCACCAGAAUAAUUUAUGAGGUUUGUAUCUGGUACAGACUGGAGGUGAAGGAACAGAAAAUGGUUCUGCUCAUGCUACGCAAAUCGCAGUAUGCCGCUGAGCUAACUGUUGGUAAAAUAAUGCCUUUGAACUUCAAUACCGCUUUGCAACUAACCAAAGGCAUUUACACCUAUUUGAUGGUUUUGAUAAAUUUUAUAGAAUAAGAAGGGACACAGCGCAU